GCUCCAAUGGCUUUACCCGACUCCCCCCUCCAUCCAAUCAAGAGUAGGUUCUUGAGCAGUUGAAGCGUUUGCGAAGACCGCGCUUGCCUUGCGAACUGCAAAGGCCUAGCAAAAUCCGAUCAUAUCGCCGUGACCACCUGCCUCCUUCAGAAUACGUGCUUGAUUGAGUUUCCAACAAUUCCCAUUUGAGAGUCACAUGUUGCCGUCUGCCGAAUUUUGGGGAAUGAUAUAUCACUUUAAUCCCUAGGAGUUGCGAAGAUUGUUGUUACUCUUCUAAAAAAUCACAAAAAUCACAAUCCUCGUCAUAUUUCGCCAUGUCCAAGGACAUCAUCGAGCCAAUUGAGCUUCGGCUCCCGAAUCAAUCCAACACGAUGUCAUUCCUAACAAAGUCCGAACACUCUAGUGGCUCCAAUCAAGAUGAUAUAAUACUCAGGCAGUUAGGAAAGCGACCGUUACUUAAUCGUAGCUUUGGCUUUAUGUCCAUCCUUGGACUAGCAUGCUCCGCCAUGUGCUCAUGGGAAGGGAUUCUUGUCACUUCCGUUCCUACUUUUAGCCUUGGGGGCCCGGCAGCUGUAGUCUGGGCGUUCGUUCUCGGGUGGAUUGGUACCAUAUCAGUGACCGCCACGAUGGCGGAGCUGGCAUCAGUCGCGCCAACCGCCGGUGGGCAGUAUCACUGGAUUGCCAUGAUAGCACCGGAGUCAUGCUCUGCGUUCUUAACCUAUGUCACCGCCUGGCUUACCACCUUGGCCUGGCAGGCGAUGGCUAUCACCUCCAGUUACACAACCUCCACGAUUCUUCUUGGCAUUGUCGUGUUGGCGAAUCCCACAUAUACACCGGUAUCGUGGCACACUAUCUUGACCAUGUGGGCGACAACGUCAUUUGCCGUACUAAUGAACCUAACUGGGGGCCGUAUGUUGGCAAAGUUCGAAGGUCUGAUACUUGUUCUCCAUCUAGCGGGCUUCUUCGGCAUAUUGGUUCCAAUGGUGUAUUUCGCGCCGCAUAAUACCCCAGAUUUCGUCUUUACUACGCUUUUCAACAAUGGAAAUUGGCCGACCCAAGGGCUGAGCUUUCUCGUCGGCUUCCCCACGGUUGCCACCGCGCUUAUAGGGGCCGAUUGUGCAGUUCACAUGUCCGAAGAGAUCCAAUCUGCAUCAAUAGUGGUACCAAGGGCAUUGAUGUACAGCAUUUUUAUAAACGGAGCUCUAGCAUUCGCAAUUAUUGUCGGUCUUAUGUUUUCCAUAUCCGACUUGGAUGCGGCAGUUGAGGCAGCAAACACGAUGUUUUAUUCAUUUCUCCAGAUUUUCCAAUCCGCGGUCAAGUCAACGACAGGCGCCUGCUUAAUGGCUGGCAUCAUCUUCGUGCUAUCCCUAGCGAGUUCGAUAAGCGUUUAUGCGUCUGCAUCCCGUAUGAUGUGGUCAUUCUCGAGAGAUAAGGGGCUUCCCCUAAGCGGGUACCUAGUGAGACUCACCAAAGAUAAGUUGCCGAUGAACUCUAUCCUAUCAACAACUGCAAUUACACUCGUGCUCUCUUUGAUAGUACUCGCACCUAGCGUUGCACUCUCCGCUCUGCUCUCGCUCGUCGUUGCCGCACUGUAUUCGUCAUAUCUCCUAGUGAGCUGCUUACUUCUAUGGCGCCGUUGUACUGGUGGCUUCAAACCAUAUACCCCUGGCAUAGAUAUUCACGAUUCCGGCUCCCCUACAUGGGGUCCUUGGAAACUACCUGAGCCAUUGGGAACCAUAAAUAAUUUCUUCGCUUGCAUGUAUAGCGCAUUGCUUCUAUUUUGGUCGUUUUGGCCUCAGACUACGAAUCCCACUCCAGAAACAUUUAACUGGAGUGUCUUGGUAUUCGGAUUUGUUCUCUUGUCUAGUAUCUCUUGGUACAUAGUCAAGGCAAGGCACUACUUUAAAGGGCCUAUUAAAGAGGUUUAAUCUGUAUAGAUAUCAUGGGUCUUUCAAGAACAUAGAUACAAUCUUACCAUGUUACAGGCUACUCCAAUAUC